CGUGGGGACCGGGCGGGGGGCGGCGCGCGUGCAGCCCCUCCCCGUGCCGGCUGCAGGCGGGCGGGCGCCACGAGCCCCGAGUUUCGGCACCUGGGAGGCAGAUGCGUCCGCGGCGCGGGUUCCUGGCAGGUUUCUCAGCAGCAUGAUGCCGGAGCCAGAGGUUGGCACUCCCGGGUUUCAGCAUGGCUGAGCUGGACGCCGAUUUGGACCUCAUUGUCCCUUCGUCUCUCCUCCCGCCCGGCUGGGCCAAGUUAGUGGUGGGACUUGUGGCCCUUGUGUGUUUUGCACGGAGCUACGAUGGAGAUUUUGUCUUUGACGACUCAGAAGCAAUUGUUAACAACAAGGACCUCCGAGCAGAAACGCCCCUGGCAGACCUGUGGCUUCACGACUUCUGGGGCAGCCGGCUGAGCAGCAACUCCAGCCACAAGUCCUACCGACCCCUCGCCGUCCUCACGUUCAGGUUCAACUACUACCUGUCAGGAGGCUCUUACCCCAUGGGUUUCCACGUGGUCAACAUCAUCCUGCAUGGCGGCGUCUCCGUGCUCAUGGUGGACGUGUUCUCAGUGCUGUUUGGUGGCCUGCAGUUCACCAGCAAAGGCCGGAGGGUACACCUGGCCCCCAGAGCGUCCCUGCUGGCAGCUCUGCUGUUCGCCGUGCAUCCAGUGCACACUGAGUGUGUUGCUGGUGUCGUUGGCCGUGCUGACUUGCUCUGUGCCCUGUUCUUCUUGCUGUCUUUCCUUGGCUACUGUAGAGCAUUUAGAGAAAAUAGCAAAGAGGGAACGCGUUCUUCUACCUUCUGGGUCUUGCUGAGUAUCCUUCUGGGAGCUGUGGCCAUGCUGUGCAAGGAGCAAGGGAUCACUGUGCUGGGUUUGAACGCCGUGUUUGACAUCCUGGUGAUUGGCAAAGUCAAUGUUCUGGAGCUUGUCCACAAGGUACUGCGCAAGCGCAGGUUGUUAGAGAGUGCCAGCGUGCUCAGGAACGGGGCCCUGCUCUUCCGAAUGGCGCUGCUCACCUGCGGAGGUGCUGCUGUGCUCUACGUGCGCUGGAAGAUCAUGGGUACUGGCCCACCUGCCUUCACCGAGGUGGACAACCCGGCCUCCUUUGCCGACAGCCUGCUGGUCAGGGCCAUAAACUAUAAUUACUACUAUUCAUUGAACGCCUGGCUGCUGCUGUGUCCCUGGUGGCUGUGUUUUGAUUGGUCCAUGGGCUGCAUCCCCCUCAUUAAGUCCUUCGGGGACUGGCGGGUAAUUGCGCUGGCUGCACUCUGGCUCUGCCUAAUUGGCCUGAUACGCCAAGCCCUGUGCUCUGAAGACAGCCACAGGAGAAGGACCCUCACGCUGGGCCUGGGCUUCCUCGUUAUCCCCUUCCUGCCGGCGAGCAACCUCUUCUUCCGUGUGGGCUUUGUGGUGGCCGAGCGAGUCCUCUACCUGCCCAGCAUGGGCUACUGUAUGCUGCUGACCUGUGGGCUCGGAGCCCUGAGCAGGCACACCAGGAAGAAGAAGCUCGUGGCCGCCAUGGUCCUGGGGAUUCUGGCUCUCUAUGCUCUCAAGUGCGUGGUUCGCAGCAGCGAGUGGCGGAACGAGGAGCAGCUCUUCCGAAGCGCCCUGUCCGUGUGUCCCCUCAACGCCAAGGUUCACUACAAUAUUGGCAAAAACCUGGCUGACAAAGGCAACCAGACGGCCGCCAUCCGAUACUACCGCGAGGCUGUCAGAUUAAACCCCAAGUACGUUCACGCCAUGAAUAAUCUUGGAAACAUCUUGAAAGAGAGGAAUGAGCUUCAGGAAGCUGAGGAGCUGCUGUCGCUGGCCGUGCAGAUACAGCCUGACUUUGCUGCUGCUUGGAUGAACCUGGGCAUAGUGCAAAACAGCCUGAAACAGUUCGAGGCUGCCGAGCGGAGUUACCGGACAGCCAUCAGACACAGGAGGAAAUACCCAGACUGUUACUACAACCUCGGACGCCUGUAUGCGGACCUCAACCGUCACGUAGAUGCGCUGAACGCCUGGAGAAACGCCACCGUGCUGAAGCCCGAGCACAGCCUGGCCUGGAACAACAUGAUCAUCCUCCUGGACAGCACAGGUAAUUUAGCCCAAGCUGAAGCAGUUGGAAGAGAGGCGCUGGAAUUAAUCCCCAACGAUCACUCUCUCAUGUUCUCGUUGGCAAAUGUGCUGGGCAAGUCCCAGAAGUACAAGGAAUCUGAAGCUUUAUUCCUCAAGGCAAUUAAAGCAAAUCCGAAUGCUGCAAGUUACCAUGGCAAUUUAGCUGUGCUCUAUCACCGCUGGGGACACCUCGGCUUGGCCAGGAAGCACUACGAGAUCUCCCUGCAGCUGGACCCUGGGGCGGCAGGGACGAGGGAGAAUUACAGCCUGCUGAGAAGAAAGCUCGCGCAGAUGCAGAAGAAGGAGGGCUGAGUUCCUCCCACCACCUGUGUGUGCGCGCACGUGUGUGUGUGUGUGUGUGUGUGUGUG